UUCGUCGAAUCUCGUCGUCGAAGAUGAAAAAUAAGGGGGACUCGUCGCAAACGGUCAAUCUUCAGUCCGCGACUGUCAAUUGUCACUACGCGAGUUUCGGGGUAAAUACAUGUGCGUUGUUCCGUCGAGUUGUUUUUACUUAUACACAUUUACACAUUCGGUAUAUUUCGGUAAAUUUGUUCACUUUCUUGUCGCUGCGUCAUGUGGAUUUUGAUUACGAGAGAUUAAGUAGUGGUUUAUAACGUCGUCAUGAGAGGCUUGAGCUGCGCUUUGUGCUGCUUUUGAAAAUAAAUACAACCGAGCCUGACUGCGCAGUUUUUUGAUGCCCCCAAAAAUUCGUUGUAAUAAAGCACGUUAGUGCUUCGUGGAUAGUCAUUUUUUGAGGCGUGUAUCAAUUUUUGGAGACGUUUGUGCCAUUUGUCUUUGUCGUCGUUGCUUGCUAUUGCAAGAAUGUCAGGCAAAGAAACAUUGAGUCCUACCACUCCUCUGCCACUCGACCAGUUGCCAGAAUGUUGGAACCAGGAUGAGCGAAUGAAGUCCCUGUUUGCUCCAUUUCGAAAUCGUUCUGCUAAUCCUGAGGAUUGGAACUCAAAGUACAAAUUUUGGAAUCAGCUGAUCAAGACUUGGACGAGUUAUCAUGCACGCUGCAGUUUUUCGUUGACAGAUCUAACUGCUAAUCUGAAGAGGAAUGGCUGCUCCGCACUAUGUUUACCAACAGUUUUGGAAGAAUUGUAUAAGAAUGGUGAAGUCAUACCGGAGUCAGACUUCAUGAAAGAACCUAGCAGUACAUGGACUGGUUGGACAAUUGAUUUAUUUGUGAAGAAACCAGUCAGCUGGUCUUUUUCGAAACUCAAGAGUUAUGUAUCCGAACCUGUCAUAGAUAAUAAUAUGAAGUACAUCCACUUACCAACUGUGAAAGAACUAGGAGAAUUAAUAUUAUCCAUAGUAGACACAAAGAAGGAAAAUACACUUCUAUCACUGUCCGAACUCACAAAGAGUUGUAUAGCAAAAAGUGGCAAUACAAGGAUAACUGAAAGCAACAUCAGAUUGGCUUUAAUCUGGCUGAGACACAACAAGAAAGCAGCAUUCAGAGAUUGCAUCAAAGAUGAUAAACAUGAUUUGCUGGUCAAAAUUUCUCCUAGAGCUGCAGAACAGGUUACCGAGGUUGACGAAGGCCUCCACAAAUUAACCCAACAAGAGAGUAUGUUGAUCAAAAAUAUAGAACAAUUAGAAACAGAGAGGAAUGAAGUUAUCCUCAAGGCCAAAUCAUCUCUAGCCAGUGGUCUGAGACAAGUGGCAAAGAGUUUCUUGAGAAAAAAACACGAACUAGAUAAGUGCAUUGAGAAGCGCAGUGCAGCUUUACAAAACACUCAGAGACUUCUUGCCAGGAUCCAUGAUGCUCGUUAUGAUACUGAUACAUUAGCUGCAUACAAGGCUGGCUGCAAUGCCUUGAAGAAGUUUGAAGACACUGGUCUUACUGAAGAUAAUGUUCAGGAUACCAUGGAUGAUAUGACUGAGAUCCUUGAUGAGUUGAACGAAGUCCAGUCAGCCAUGACUCAGCCUGUGACCAGUAAUGAAUCAGAUGCAGAAUUAGAAAAGGAGUUAGCUGAAAUUAUGGGAACUGCAUGGAAUGAUUCUGCUGAUGCAGACAAGAGCAAAAACCAGUCCUUCAAUUCUGCUGAAUUACCAGAUCUGUCAGAGUUAGAUUUACUUGAUAUACCAGCACCAAAAAACAAAGUUUCAAUAAAACCAACGCAGCCAUCUCAAACUUAAGGACACGAGGGUGGAAGACAAGAAAAGGAAAUAUAUUAUUAAGGAUCCACAGCUGAGGACCGUCUCGUCGGAGCGAUCGGUGCAGUCGACGUUGCCGUCGCAGAGCUCGGUGUUCCCGAUGCAUUGGCCAUUGUCGCACCUGAACUGGUUGCUCCUGCAGCUGACCUCGUGAGUCGUGUUCUGAUAUCCAUUGUUACCGCCGGAUGACCUGCACUUCUCGGGAUCUUCAUCGCUGUUGUCGGCGCAGUUCUUGAUGCCGUUGCAAAGGGCGUCACCGUCGACACAGGCGCCGUAGUCGCAGCGGAAGGUGCGAGGAUUGCAGGGAAGACUGUUGGGACCGGAACACUCGGAGCGAGUCUCGUCGGAGCCGUCUCGACAGUCGACGAGGCCGUCGCAGAGGGAUUCGCUCGUUAUGCACUGGCCGUUCUUGCAGCGGAACUGAAGAGAACUGCGAGAGGGUGGAUCGUUAUAGUGUUUUUUAAUUUUUUGUUUGUAUCGGCAGCUUUAGACUUCCAUGACUGUAAAUUUUAGGGGUGAUUUUUAUUUCAAAAUUGCUAUGAUCUGUAUUUUUUGUUCGGACGAGCUGUUGUAUGAAAUUUAAAUCUGAUCUUUCGCGGUGUACAAACGUUUUUACUCAAUUGAUUCGCAAUUGUAUGGUAAGAUUUUAUAACUUGAUGUGUCGAAAUACGAACUUUACUCACCUGCAGCCGGAUGAAGUCUCUCCGAACCGCGAGAAAUCUGGCCUCGCUGGCCUCCUUUGGGCUGUUCCAUUAUGAAUAAGGGCUGCACAGAAAUGGGUUUGUUGAGCUAACUAUCAUUAUUUAAUUAUUAUUACUUACAUUAGUCCUUGUUCAUUUUUUAAAGCUAUGUACAGUGCGAUUGAACGAUGUAAAGAGUAUAUACUUUUUUUAAUUCUUCACGGAAUAUAUGUUAUACAAAUUGCCGUUUGUAUCUGCUUUGUUUUCAUUGAUCCCGUAUUUUACAAUGCUUGAUGGAGAAUUUAGACACGCCUUUUGCUACACUUUUUUUUACGGAAAAACACCAUACGAGAUCAAUAAACGCACGUUCGAAACUCGCACAAUAAAAAAUAAACUUGGCUCUAUUUCUGGUCAAACGA